AUGAAUGUUGCUGCCAAGACACCAUCGGGAGGAGCUGAUCCAUUGCAGCAACAGUUACUCCCUAAGUAUGGCAGUCAUCACACUGACCAGACCAAAACAAUUAGUCCUCCGUUCAAUUUGACCGUGAACUGCCGCAACUUCACAGUCACUGCACACUGGAAACACGUGGAGCCCUCCCCAGGGACACAAUUCAAAGUGAAAAUUAACAGGGAAAUAGAGCAUGGAGACCCUGACAUAAUUAACACAACGCACCAUCACUGUGACGUCUCCUCCUUGAUCACCUCGGUGGAGAAUAGCUACUACCUGGAAGUAAAUGCCACAAAUGGAACUGAGGAGUCUGCUGCUGAGAAAUCCGAGACGUUUAGCUUCGAUAAGUAUAUGCCAUCGCAGGUGAAGUGUGUGUUGGAUUUCCCUGCUGUCAAGCUCUCCGUUAAGGGUGGGAAGAUCAUGGUGCAUUUCGUGCAUCCGCUUCAGCUUUACAAAACAGCAUCUGUCCUGCAGCAUCUGAAGAAGACAGCGCCUGCAGAAUACAACAAGCAUAAACAGUUUGUGUAUGACGUUGCCGUAAGCGGCGAGAGUACAUUUCUUUUUAAAUGCAUGGUGUCAGAGAACAAAUGCCAUGCAAUCAUCCCAAUAACAAAGAAGAAAGAGAUGUACUGUGUCACCCUGAAUGGACUGCUCAAGAAUACUGUAGUCAGAAGUUCAGAGUCAAUAUGUGGCCACGAGGAACCCGAGUACGGCUAUUACAGGUGGCAUCUCCUCUUGUUGUUGGUUCCUUUGGUUCUUGCUGUAUUCAUCAUGACUGGGAUAACAAUGUUCAAAAAAGUGAACAAAACUACAUCAAAUCUGAAAUUUGAAGAGCUGAAAAUUUUUGCCUUUGUUCUGUCAAACCGAAGGCCUGAGUGCAACAUAAUACAACUGGAGAGGGUGUCAGUGCAGAAAGUUCAGUCUGUAGAGCCCUGCAUCAGCUCCCCAGAGGAAACGCACAGUGGCCAACUGCAUACCACUGUCAUGUCCCGGAAUGGCUGCUUCAAAAUCGGCCCAGGCCAAAUGACCGGGAGUGCAAAAUCAGCGGAUGCACACAGCCUUCUUGAUGACUCGGACAUGGACAGUGGUCAGCAGAGUGAAUCGAGUAACUGCCAGUCGGAAAUGGACGAGUGUGGGUAUGACAGGCCCCACCUGCUUGAUUUUGAAAUGAGCCCGGGGGACAUGGUCACUGGUUACGGCUGCUCUGAAAUGUGAACAUGUUGCUUUGUGAGCAUCUGCUAGGCUGGAAUCCGUGAUGUUCAGCCUUCUGAAGUUGCACACUCCACCUGAUGCCUUUGGCGUAAGUUUAACCCUUAACUAUGCACUUAACUAUGUGAAAAAUGUGAAUGACCCCAGAUCUAUGUAAUUCGACAGAUCUGAGGUUCAUACUGAUAUACUGUAUGCCAUUAAGCACCUGUAAUUUUAGGAGUGAGAUUACGUGGUAUCCAUGGCAAUUCUAGGUUGUGAACGUAUGUCAGGGAGGGGGGUCAGUGGGGACUCCCAUGAAGAAAUUUGGAACAUGACCUCAAAAUCCCCCCCCCCCCCCCCCCCCGACUAUAAUAUUUAUUGAUAAAAUGCUAAAAUUUAUCCAAAAAAAUUGAUGGAUGCCUGAAAUUCCCCAUAAACGGUGUGCAAAGCCGUCUGUAGCAUUAUUUCAUAUGCAAGCUGCUGAGCGUGAGUCUUACCUUGGCACUGCACAUGCCAGCCAGGGCAUUCCCCACCUUCCAGGCUCCAUGCAAACAUGGGAAAUGAGUAGAGUUAUGGUAUUAUAUUUUAAAAAGUGAACACCCUUUUUAAGCGUGCUGUAGGACAGAUAAUGAUGUUUUUAAAUACGGUUUACAUUUGAUGUGCGUACAUCAUCUGGUGAUGAAUAAACUGCUGUCUGACCUCUUGGUGGAAUUUCCGUUAAGGUGAAAACACUUAAAAAGUACUUAAAAAGUACUCUUCCACUGAUAUUAUCAAUGUUUAUACAUGUAUUCCUAUAUAUUGUGUUUAUGUAAGUAUCAUUUUCUAUUGUAGUUUAUUUCAGACAAUAAACAUUGAAUGUUGAUCUCUAUAUCUAACUCAGGACAGUUGCAGUCAAUGCAGUGAAGCUCCUACAUUUGGUACCUGUUGGAAAACCCACUGAUAGAGGAGAUCUGUCUCCUACUGGAGGAGAGGAUGGGAAGCAGGGCUUCCUGUAUUAUAGCUGGCCAUAGUACAGUACUGUGCAAAAGUCUUAGGCAGACAAAAGAAAUGUUUGAAGCUGUUUAUCUGUGUAGUAAGUGCACAUUUGCUCAGAACAAAAAAAACACAACAUAUGAAAAUAAAGAGUACGACAAUAAAAACUAGAAUUUUAUGUGUUCUAAGUUACUGAAAUGUAGUUGGAUGGCUAGAUGAACACCGCUUCAGUUCCCAAACCUCUCCUCGGGGGCACCUCAGCCAUUCCAUGAAUUUAUUAAAUUUCACCACCAGCUCAUUUAAUUAACAUUUUUAAUUGAUUAGGAAAAGUCGAUGAGAUUUUGAUUAGCUAUGCAAGGUGUCAAAAAACAUAUGGCUGUAUUGGUUGGCUGCUGCAAAUUCUGGGGUGAAGUUUUGAAAUGGCUAAGCUGACACACUUUGAAAGGCAUAGUUUUCCACACACAUGAAUAUCAUGUAAACAUCCUUUUCUUUGGCUGCCUCCGACUUCUUCACAGUACUGUAAGUUAGUGAUCAAGCUGAACUGGCAUGUAAUGUGGGUGUCAUUGUGUAUGUGUGCAUGUGUCUGCUUUCUGGGAUAGUCUCACAGAUAAUGUAUGUAAUGGGAGAGGAAAAAUUUAAGGAGCUCAUGUUAUUUGUUUUAACAGGAAGAUAUCUGGUUGCUUAUAAAUUGUUUGUUUUGUACUUGAAUUGAAUUUCUGCUGUUUACUUGAAUUUGAGAAAUUUACAUAAUCACAUCAGUCAGUAAAGCAUUGUUUAACUAAAA